AUGAAUCAAGAUAAUUCUAUUAAAUUUGUCAAUAAUCCCGGUUUCGAAGACAUGAAAAACAAUUAUCUAACCUAGAAAGUAUUCCAGGAGAUAAUUGACAAGAUUUAGAUAUAGUAAAAACAAGCUAAAACCAUUCAUACAGACUAGGUCAGUUAAAAGUAACUAGAUGACCAUAUUUGCUCCUAAUUAAAAGAAACUCUGAUGUUUUUGAAAGAUAAAGUUGGAUAUGAGGUGUUUCUCUCUGUGAUUGAUGAUGACUAAGAAAAGCUACUAGAAAAGACUAAGCAGCUAAAUUAGUUCAAAAAUCUAGAGUAGCAAGUGGAAUCCUUGAAAUAGCACAUACACCUGACUAUUACCACUAUAAAGAAGAGAAAUAUAUUUGAAUAUUUAGAGCAAAUAAAUUAAGAAUUCAGUAAGCAAGUAUCUGAAAGUUAGAAGUUAUUGUCAAAGAAACAUAAAGCUAUUAGUGAAUCAAUAUAAGUACAAGCAAAUUUAUUCUAAAAAUUGCUAUAGACUUCAUUAGAACUACAGAUUUAAAGAAAGCAGUUUGAAAAGAUCAUCUAGGAUACUCUUGAUAGAAUGUCAUUUUUAGACAACAUCCUGCAGGAAACCAAGAAUUCGCGCUAAGAUUCAGACAUCCUUAAUUUGGAUUAGACAACCUUGACUUAGAGUGUCUAUUUUCAAAAUAAUAUGAAUAAUAGCAAUGGCGACUUGAAUAACAAUAAAACUGACAAUAGAUUAAGCAAUGGCAGAGAUUAUUAAAAUCUUUCUCAAAUUAAAGAAGAGAAAUUUAAUCAAGAAGAGGAUAAAAACCAAGAUGGAGGUUACUAAAACUCUUAGGGAUUAGAUGAUACUAAAGACAGUAUAGAAGUAAGAGCAGAUAUCAUUAUUAUCAAGGACUACUUUCAAAAUGAUCCAACCAAGAAUUUAUUUAAGGAGGAGGCAGAUAUGAUAAGAUUCAGACCUAACAUCUACUUGAAUUCACAACUCGAUUUUGAUCUCUAACUGGCAGUGAAAAAAAGACAGUAUAAGAUCAAUGAAAAUAAGUUUUAAUAACCUUAAGGAUUUAAGAUACCCACAAGUAUUGUUAUGACAUAAUAUGGUUGUUUAAUUGAGGCUGGUUUGGACGAGACCUUGAAUUUCAGGUAAAAAGUAGGAAAGAUAUUCACCUAGUUUAAAUAGGUCGAUCUUAAAUCUCAAAUAUUCUCUAUGACUGUUGCUAAACAAUAUCUUUUGUGUUCGUUGUAAAAUUAAACUAUGCAAAUAUUUGAAGCUAAAUAGCCAUAUGAACUAGUGAAAUCUAUCAAGACGUAAUCCACAGUAAAAAAGUAUUUCAAAUAUUCAUAAGACAUACCCUCAUUUAAUCCUGAAGCAGAGAUAAGAAUUGAUCAUGAUGACAAGGAUAAAUACUUAAUAUUUGGAGAGUAAGAUGGGUUUAUUGAGAUAUUCAAUACUGAAGCACUGAAAAUUGUUUAUAUAGGCUAGCUGCGUAGUAAGGUGGACAUCUUUGACAUAUGUAAGACCUCCUAUGCAUAGUAUGAAUAUGCUGUAGCAUAAGGUCAAUAUGGAGGUGGCCUAUUUUUCAUUAGAAUUUUCUAAGAUGAGGCAUCUUAGAGAAGUGAACACGAUAUUGAGGCUGAAUUUUAAAUGACUCAAGAUUAUGAGGAGAUCUACUUCAAGAACUAAGCUGUUUGCUGUGUUUAAGAAAUAGGUUAAGGCCUAAUCCUUUGCUGCGUCUAAGGAACAUAUAACUUGCAAGUAAUUUCAAGACUAGAGAGAAAAGUAGUACAUCAUAUUCAGAAUCCCUCUUAAGAUUUGAAUUAUAAUUGUCUCAUACCAUUUAUGGGCUUUGAUGGGAAAAAAUACCCAUAUUUACUUUUAAAGGAUGAAACUAUGGUAUCAAUUAUAAAUACAAAGACUUAUGUCGCUAAAAAAAUCAUAAGCUCACUUUAUGAUAGUUGCAGUAAUAGCUGUUCACUUAUCUAAUAUGUAAAUGAGCAGCCAGAGACUAAGGAGCAGGUGUAUCAAAUUAUAAGCUUAGAGCAUAUGAAUGGUGAUAAAAGUAUUAAAGAGGUGACAUUCUAACUUGAAAAUCCACUAGUCAAACAAAGCUUAAUAAAUAUUGUUAACUAAGUUGACUGA